GGCAACAAAAAUUUAGGCCAUGAGACCGCAUAAAAGGCUUAAUCCGGUGGGCGCUGCGAUUAUUUCAAAUAACGAGUAAUCGUGCAUGAUAAACUCGUUGAAUUUCGAUCGAACAAAACCGCAAAGUUUUGAUAUAUUUACGCGAAUCGACUAUCGUCGUGUCGCAUGCUACUCGUGGAAAGUAACGGUAUAAUUCACGAGCUUUCACGUCGAACGCCAUCGAAUUUCUGAUUCUGGAUCCACAGUGUCUCGUAGGAAAGACUCGUCGCCGCGUACGAGGACGAGUGAUUUGUCGCGAGCACGCAUUAUGGGGUUCGAUGUGAACCGAUUUCAGGGCGAAGUUGAUGAGGAACUAGUUUGUCCGAUAUGCUCUGGCGUUCUGGAAGAUCCAGUCCAGACUGGUAGGUGAGCAAUAUGUUGCAGGCACCUGUAUGUGAGCACGCUUUUUGUCGUACAUGCAUUAACGAAUGGAUAAACAGACAACCGACGUGUCCCUUGGAUCGCACGUCCAUUACAUCCGCUCAACUCAGAGCAGUUCCAAGGAUUCUUCGAAAUCUACUGGCUCGCCUUUGUAUUAGUUGUGAUAAUAUAAUGUAUGGAUGUCAAGUUGUAGUUAAACUUGAUAGUCUGGUAUCGCAUUUGGAGCAGUGCGAAUACAAUCCUAAAAGACCAAUGCUUUGCGAGCAAGGAUGUAGUCUUAUUAUCCCUAAGAACGAGUUGAAAGAUCACAACUGCGUGAGGGAACUCAGAAAUAUCAUUCAAUCGCAGCAACAAAAGCUCGCCGAUAUGAAACGCGAAUUAGGCGAACAACAACUUCAAAUAAACGAACACAAGAGGGAAAUACAUCUUCUGAAAGAUUUUAUGAGGGCAUUGAGAGUUUCGAAUCCCGCGAUGCGGGCCAUUGCCGAUCAGAUGGAGAGGGACGAAGUUGUAAGAUGGUCUGCUACCCUUCCUCGAGCGAGAGUAACGAGAUGGGGAGGAAUGAUUUCCACGCCGGAUGAAUUGUUACAGACGCUGAUAAAGAGGACUUUGUCCGAGUAUAAUUGCCCACCCCAUGUAAUAGAUGAAUUAAUGGAGAAUUGUCAUGAAAGAAAAUGGCCUCCAGGCUUAAAUUCUCUUGAAACCAGACAGAACUCUAGACGGCAAUAUGACAAUUAUGUUUGUAAACGAGUUCCUGGCAAACAAGCAGUAUUAGUUCUUUAUUGCGAUAAUACACACAUGCCAGAAGAUAUGAUGGUCGAACCUGGGUUAGUUAUGAUUUUCGCACACGGUAUCGAGUAAUUUAUAUCGAUACUAUGCCAAGAUAUUUCGAUGUCCAUCUAUUUUGUUGUUUGUUACAUUCAUCAUGAUUAAUCUUCGCGGAGUAUGAAAUAUCUUUGUACUUACUAUGUACAGAUACCGAGAUAUUUGUAUAAUAUAUCGUGCAUUUAUAAUGCCAGAUAUCUUUUCAAAAGUAUUGAAAUGGACAAACAACAUAUGCCUUUUGUGAUAAACAAUUGUACAGACGCAAUUGCCACAUACAAAAAUCUAAUUGAAUGUCUGGAUCGUUACACUGUGAUAUACUAUUUCAUUGAGAAAGUUCCUGAAAUUGCGUGAUAAAUAGGGAAGUGUUUUUAGUUGUCAUAAACGAAUCUAUAUGUACAUUUCUAUAAAUUUGAUUCUUUGUUCGACGAUAUUUGACGAAACAACUAUUUAUCAACUAUUUCAGGAAAUUUUAUACAUAUAUAGAAGUCUGUAAGCUUUUAUUGUAAUACUUUAGACAUGUAAGAAACAAUGGAUAGAAAUUAUUGAUACGGUAAUUACUAUUACAUAUUAAGAUCUGAAUGUGUUCUAAAAAAUAAGUAUCGAAUGUCAGAAAGAGGAAUUCCUUCUUCUUUUCUAAACGUUAUUUAUAUGAUUUUAAUAAAACAUUUCAAAAUGCGUACAAUGAAAUAA